GAGAAAUAAAUCUCUCAACAACACCAACGAACUCUUUCUCUCUCUCUCUCUCUCCCUUCUCUCAUGGAUUCCGACGCCGGACCACGUCAGCCUCGAUCCGGAGGCAAGAUUGUUCGACCUCGCCGGAGAUUCGCAGUCAGGACGCCGUAUGACCGCCCUGCUCCAAGAUCUCGGGAGGAUCCUCCUCAGCAAAACCCUAGUUGGAUCUCCAGGCUCGUUUACAAACCUGUCACCGUAAUUGCCUCCGGCGCCGGGAAAUUCAUUUCUUCCGUCGUCUUCUCUGAAUCUUCCUCAUCUUCUUCUGAGGACGAGGAUUCAUCUUCAGAUAUUGAAGGUGAUGAGGAUGUUGAGAAGAACAUUACUGAUUUUCUCGAAGAUGAAACAAUAGUUGAGGAAUCAACCAUCCAAAGACUUGGUUCUAAGCGUGUAAUUGAGCAGCUUCUCAUGCAAGAAACAUUUGCAAGGGAAGAGGGCGAUAGAUUAAUAGAUAUUAUCAAGGCGAGGGUUGUAGAUCAUCCCUGUGUCCCCACUCCUGAUGAGGGGAGGCAUAGUAAUAAUGGAUUGACAAGUGAAGUGAAUGUGGGUGAAAUGUCCAAUAAAGCUGUCAUGGAAGCAAAAAGAUGGUUGGAGGAGAAGAAAUCAGCAUCACAUUCAAAGUCUAUAGCAACUGAAGAUGGUGGUGGAUCGCCUGCGGAUGUGGCCAAGUCAUAUAUGCGAGCUCGUGUGCCAUGGGGUUCUCCAUCUGCGAAAAAUUCAGAGUUCCAGUCACCAUCACCAGCAGGGAUGCAACUUCUCAAGGAAGGGACACCGUUUCCUUAUAGUGCUGGAAACUUUUCCUCUUCCAAGCUGAGAAGGAGUUCCCGUUCUAAUCAUACAUGGAAUAUUCAAGAUGAAAUUCGCAAAGUCAGAGCUAAAGCAACUGAGGAAAUGCUUAGAACUGUAUCCCCUCGUAGUGUAGCAUCAUUGAAUGUUGAUGGAGGUGCUCAAGCUAUACGGAUUGAGCAAAGCGUGGCUCUACCAAAUCCAAGCAUACCCACCUCUGAACAAAAUCAGACUACGGAAGCUAAUCAAGCCGUUGAAGAAACAAGAGUUAUACACACUAGAUCUCGUGGACUCGGUUUAGACAAGGCAUUUGUCUCCACACAAGGAGCUGGUGUUGAUCACUCCAAUGAUAAUGACUUUAUCCAACCUAGCUCAACUAUUGGAGAGACCACAAAUGCUGUCUUGGCUCCUGGAGCAACUUUGGACCCAACUGGGAGCUUUUGUAUCCCAAAAGAUGUGUUCGAAACAUCAAAAGAACCUGAUGAUGACAUAGGCGCAGCAGGUCCUACUUCCAACGGCUACCCAUCUUCAUCACCUAGUUCACCAGUGGCAAUGGAAGCUGAGGCCUUUGAGCCAAUAGUAGAAACUCCUGGUGAUAUCACGGUUGGGAAUGGCUCAGAUGGUGCGAUUGAUAACGAAAACAAUAACAGCGACUCAGGCGCCUCACAUAACAGUUCAAGCACGCAUGAGAAAGAGUGGCUCCCAGGAGACCAGUCUCUACCGAACUCAAACUCAGCAAGUAGCAGCCCUGGUACCAGCAAGGUCGUAGCACCCACGAGAAGAGGAGGACGAGGCCGAGGUAGGGGAAGAGGUAGAGGAACUCGAGGCAAAGGACGGGGCAAAUAAACUGUAAGAAGAGCUGUACACAAGAAACACAGUGCAGUAGGAGAGUAUAAUGAGGUAGGAUUAUGUGACAUGUAUUUUUAUAAAUUUCAGACCCACUUCCUUUGUUUGUCUACCAAGGUCUUUGUCAUUUCAUUAGCUCUUUAGGUUUUUAUUUUACUUCUUGUAGUAUUGUUUUCUGGAAUUGUGUUAAACUGUGUCUCUGUUUAUUUAGUUUCUGAAUGUUUAAUGUUUAUGUUGUAAAGGCUUGAAACUUGGUUUUGUUCUAGUCUGACAAAGCUUUCCACUUUCAAGAUUCAGUACUGUACU